AUGGAAAAGUAUAGCCAGUUUCGCGACAGGUCUACCGGCAUCGCGCCGUUCUUACCCGUCGUGACGCCCCUCUCCGCCAUCUCGACGCUGACGCACAGCCUGCUCUUCUUCUUCCGCCUCCCGCUCUUCCUCACCUACGCCCUCAGCUACUUCAUCGUCUUCCACUACCUGCCGCUGCCCGUCGUCGCCCGCAAGAUUGCGCUAUGGGGUAUGAUGGCGAUCCCCGGCAUCUGGUGGGUCGACCUCCAGCUCGACGGCGUCAGGCGCGGCACCCUGUCGGAGCAGCCCCGUGAGCGCGUCCCUCAUCCGGGCUCCGUCAUUGCCGCCAACUUCACUAGCCCCAUCGAUGCCGUGUAUCUCGCCGCCGUCUUCGACCCCGUCUUCACCGUUUCGUACCCGGGGACGCACAAGCUGCGUCGGAUCGGCUUGCUGGGCGCCGUCGCCAUGGCCCUGGCGCCCGUUCGAACUGGCCCGCCCCCCAACGCAAAGUUGGUAGACCUCGAGGAUCUGCUAAGAGAGUAUCCGGGACGUGUCAUUGCCGUCUUCCCCGAAUGCGGCACUACCAACGGCAAGGCCAUCCUGCCAUUCAGCCCGGGCCUGGCCCAGUGCCCGCCCAGCGUCCACAUAUUCCCCGUCAGCAUCCGCUACACGCCCUCAGACGUCACCACCCCGGUGCCCGGCCGGUGGUUCAGGUUCCUGUGGGACCUUCUCUCGCGGCCUACGACCUGCAUCCGUGUGCGCAUCGCCGAGGGCCGUCGUAAGGAUGCGGCUGCUCCAGCCACCAAUGGCGGGGCCACGACGACCAACGGCGCCAGGGGAGAGCUUAGACAGCGCAAGUCGGCGGACUCCGACCUCUCGGGCGACGAGCAGAAGCUCCUGGACCGAAUCGCCGAGGCCCUGGCGCGACUGAGCAGAGUCAAGCGGGUUGGCCUGACGAUGAAUGACAAGACAGCCUUUGUCGCAGCUUUGAACGGCAAGAAGACCUGA